UUGGUCUUUGGUUUUUGGUUGAAAUUUGACAACCCAACCCUAACAACAAACCCCUUCGUUCUCUUCUCUUCUUUUCCCACUCUCACUUAUCAGCCGCAGCAAAACUACAGGGCGUGUCUGCUUCAUCAAUGGACGCUUCUCCUCCUCCUUCUCUGCAACAUCGUCGCAUCGAGUUUCAUUUAGCUAGAAAACCUUUCUCUUCUUCCUUCUCCAACAACCUCAACAAUUUUUCCAAUUUUAAGCUCGAAACUUUGAACCCUUCUUCUUCUUCUUCUUCUCCUUUUAAUCAUCAUCCUAAUUCUCAACCACCUCAUCCUUCGUCUUCUUCUUCACAGGCUAGUAAAAAGCAUGACACUUCUGAGUUCUUUGAUGCCGCUUUUGAUCUUGAUUUUGGGUUUCGAAUUCCUUUUCGUAGGAUUGGUGCUGGUUUGGAAAAUCUCGGAAAUACAUGUUUUCUUAACUCUGUAAUACAGUGUCUCACUUAUACAGAGCCGUUAGUAGCAUAUUUGCAGAGUGGCAAGCAUCAGAAUACUUGCCAUGUUGCUGGUUUCUGCGCGCUGUGUGCCAUACAGAAACAUGUUAACCGUGCCCUACAAUCGACUGGGAGAAUAUUAGCACCUAAAGAUCUUGUUUCAAACUUGAGAUGCAUAUCACGGAACUUUCGAAAUGCAAGACAAGAGGAUGCACAUGAGUACAUGAUACAUUUGCUGGAGUCAAUGCACAAGUGCUGCUUACCUUCAGGUGUGCCUGUUGAAUCGGCAGGUGCUUAUGAAAAAAGUUUGGUCCACAAGAUAUUUGGGGGUCGUUUACGCAGCCAGGUGAAAUGUAUGCAGUGUUCCCAUUGUUCGGAUACGUUCGAUCCAUUCCUAGACUUGAGUCUUGAAAUAAUGAAGGCAGAUUCGGUGUACAAGGCCCUCAUGCACUUCACUGCAGCUGAGCAAUUGGAUGGUGGAGAGAAACAGUACAAGUGUGAAAGGUGCAAACAGAAAGUUAGGGCGCUUAAACAGCUCACAGUAUACAAAGCACCUUAUGUUCUAACUGUCCAUCUUAAGCGUUUUCGUCACUUUGCUGGGCAAAAGAUUGACAAGAAAGUGCAUUUUGGCUCCGGAUUGAAUCUCAAACCUUUUGUCAGUGGAGCCUAUGAGGGUGAGUUGACUUAUACACUCUAUGGAGUCCUGGUUCACGCUGGGUGGAGCACGCAUUCCGGUCACUAUUAUUCUUUUGUACGCACCUCAAGUGGAUUGUGGUACUCACUUGAUGACAACAAGGUUAUUCAAGUAAGUGAGAAGACAGUCAUGGAGCAGAAAGCAUAUAUGUUGUUUUAUGUCCGUGAUAGGAAAAAUAUUGGCCCUAAGAAAGCAAUGGAUGUUGUUCACAAGGAAAAUCUGAUCACAACUAUGCGAAAUGCUUCAAGCUCCAUCCCUGGUGUCAAGAUCUCUCAAAUUAGUCAUGCUGACAUGAACUCAAAGGAAGGUAUUCCAUCUGGUCUGGCUGUAAAGCAUAUUGAAGGCCUUAAUGCUUCUGAAGUUUUGGCUCAACCUAAUACAUCAAAAGACACCUCAUCAAACAACAUUGCAUUGGAGAAAGAGAUGAAUCAGAAAUCAAGCAGCACAGUCUUAUCAGAGUCUUCUGUUUUGAGGAAGGAAAAUUCAUAUGAUGGAAAGGUGCACUUAGCAACUAAGUGUAGUGGUGGUGAUCUUUUUGAAAAGAGAAUCAAAGAUACAGCUUCUGUGGCCGGUUGUGAUGACAACAGCAAGAAGAAUUUAGCAUCAGUUGAGAAGGUGUCAACUCCUGAAUGCAUAUCAAGUCUUGCUAAUGGUCUAUGCAACAAAGAUACUCACAUGGUCAGUUCUGCUGCAGGCUCAAAAAAAACUGAUGAUAAAAAUGAUGGUAAGCCGAAGACAGUAGUUCAAGACUCUGCUGCACAACUGUUAACUCAAGAUGUGAUUGGCAACAUCAAGGAUGGACCUUCAGAUCCCAUGUCUGACAUUCACUCGGUAUCUAGCAAACCAAGAGUUCAAAGUCCAAGUUUUAAUGGAUUGUCUCGUGCAAAAUCUUCUGAAACCACACCUCGGCAAAGAUUGAUGAAGCAGAUUUUGAAGUCUAAGAUUGGGAUGCAUCUUAGCACCAAGAUGCUAUUUGGGGUUUCUUUAGGCUUGAGGAAGAGGAAAAGAUUCAGAAGGACGAAGAAUAAUUCAAAAUCUGUUACGCAACAGCACUUGCUUGCUGAGGAUAUUGUCCUUGCAGAUAUGGGUCCAUCAACUUCUGAUUCUGAUCUUGUGGGUAGUUUUAAAAAUUUCCGCAAGAGAGGUUACAAUACAUGUGUUAGAGGAGAAAAAGGUACUUCCAAGAAUUGUGCCAUGACUUCGAACCAGAACUUUCCAAUUGUGGAUUUAAAUGACGGGCAUAAACACAAUAUCUCGUCUACCCAAACUGUGCCAGCAAGUUGUAAGCUGUCUCAGGAAAGUACUGCAGUGUUUUUGGGAACCAAUGGCAAGGAUGUUAAUAAUUCAUGCUCGAAAGAACCCAAUUUUCAACUGGAAAAUGGAGUAUCUAUUGUUUCCACCAAAGCACUGGAGGAGUCAGCUGUUGGAAGCUGGAAAGGUGUGUUGUCUUAUUCAGAAAAAAUGGAAUCCAAUGGACAGGAUACUUUCAGCAUUGGCCACGUCUUGGAUGAGUGGGAUGAAGAAUAUGACCGUGGUAAAAGAAAGAAGGUAAGGGAGUUCAAGAAUACUUUUGGAGGACCAAAUGUAUUUCAAGAAGCUGCUACGAAGAAAGCAAAGUUGAGUAAAGAAAGCAAAACACAACCAUGUAAAGUAACAUAUGGGAAAAACGACGAUUUUUUUACAGUAAAUGGCUGGAGAAUUCAUUAUGAUGUGCUCGCAUCAUAGGCUUAUGCUCGAUGAAUUCUUCUGCUAGUAUCCUACUGUGGCGUACUUCUAGCUGUCACACUUGGAUUUUUUUGGGGAAAUUGCACCAGUUGAUGUUUGCGGGUUUCCGUUCCAUGUUGCAGCGUUAAGCAUUGGACUCGAAACGAGACUGGUUCUGUGUGCUGGUCUCUCUGCUAGCUAUAAGAUGAUUUGAGUGAGUUGUCUACAUUUUUUUUAGAACAGUAUUUUUUAUUUAUUAGAAUGACAGAAUACUGAGGAUCUAUGACUCUGCAGUAUGUAUAACUUAUAGGCAUUGUAAAAGGUCUUUUAUUGCUGGUGUUCUGUCCUUCUAGAGUACUGUUGUAUCCGCUUCGGGAAUGUAACGGUUGCUAGUACCUUAAUAAAACACCAUCUUUAGUGCA